UAACGAUUCUAAGGUAGUGUUGGGUACAUAAGGUCUAACAAAGCUUACGACUUUGAUUUGUCAUGAAUUGUUUCAAGCCAAUAGUUGAAAAUAAAAAGCAUCUAUGUUUUCAAUAUCUAAAAUUAUAAUUCUCUGUUAAAAUCAAAAAAUUAUUUUAUGGAGAUAUUUAAAUAUUUCUACAAAAAUGGCCUUAUAUGAUAACCAACAUUGGCUUUUAUCUCAUAUAAGAGAUAGUUUUUUAUCCACAGAUGACACAGGUAUGUGUGAAAUGGUUAUGUUAGGAGAAGAUAUACCGAAAGAACUUAGAUCGAAUGGAACGUUACAAUGUUAUCCUGGAAUGGAAGAAAGUGAUGAUGAAGAUUUGGAUGCAUUAGCUGAGUCAUAUGAUAUACAAAUGGAUAUGGAAUUUAGUCAUAGACAACGUUCUAACACUGCUCAAAGAUUAGAAAAAAUGGAGUUAGAAAGAAAGAAAGCAGCUAAAAUUAAGCAUGUGAAAUGGGAACACAAACCAAAUCUUCUUUCACUUGCUGAACAAUCAAAAUUAUUUCAAAGAAAGGACUUCCGUAAAAAAAAUGCAACUACAAGCAAAAGGCUUUCCCUUUUAUCUGAACAAAUAGAGAAAUGUCCCAAUUUACCUCAAAAUCCUUUUACAGAAUAUGCAAAGUUUGAUGGCAAUGCACAAGUUGGAAUUGCUAUUAGAAAAUACAGAAUCUUUAUGUGUAUGCUACCUAAGGAAGAAAGAACUUAUCCUUUGCAAAUUGUUGUUAUUGCCACAGCAAAAGUAUUGGAAUUUAUUGGGCUCAUAUGUUAUAAAUAUGCAAGUGAACAUCCUAAUCAUAGUUUAAAGGAAGAUAUUACAAAAUAUGGUUUAUAUAUUACUGAAGAUGAUGGAGAGGUAGAUUGGGACUUUCCUUGUUUAGAUCCAAGAGAAGUAAUAUCCAAAUUUGAAUUCACAACAUUAGGUCUUGUUGAAAUGAAACCAAGUGAUAGAGCACGACAUAAUACAAUAAAACAUAUUGAAACAGAAGUCAAUGAAGAAUUAGAAGGCAAAGAAAAAGAACAAGAAGAAGUAGCAAAAGAUUUAGCCAAGAUGGAAGGUCAUACAACAGCAAUGGAAGCUCCAUUAUAUCAAUCAUAUAGAGUAUACAUAAUAAAUAAAGUGAGAGCAAAGACUGAGAUUCACCUUGGAAUAUCGGGUGAGAAGAUUGAGAUUGAUCCAGUGUUAACAGGAAAAGGUGCCAGUCGAUUCUGGAAUAGACAACGUGCAGUGAGUUAUCAUAUAGAUAACAUUGCAUGGUGUGAAAUAACUGAAAACAAAGGAUCAAAAACAAUAUUUACAUUGGUUUAUACACCACAUUCUUCUACUUUAGACAAUUUAAGUGCAUCAUCCAGUCAAACACAUUCUCUUCAUCAAUCAGCAUCAUUUAAAAAUCAUGAUUUUGAAGCAGAUUCAAUGACAGCAGAAGAAAUUGUAAGAAAAAUAAAUCAUAUUUUAGAAUUACAUAGUAGUACAUCAAGAAAAGAAUACCUGGCCCAGAAGGAAAGAAAAGCAGCAAGAAGAAAAAGUUUUCAUUUGCAUAGAUGACAGCUCUAUUGGUUACUUUGU